AGACGUUUUUCAUUGAUGCCAUGAGUUUAUACACGGGCCCGCCAAAAAAAAACUUUGUCCAUUGUCGAAUGAGGUUGUAUUCAGAAAAAUAUUAAUAAAUGGCUUCAAUAUCAUUAUCUUCACAACAAAUAAAUGAUUUACAAGCUGAUCAAGAUGAUCAGGUUUUAUUCAAUGAAGUUGUGGCAACUUUGAACGAUCUUGGCCAUUACAAUCGUUUAACUAAUAAAUAUCAAUUGAAUCUAAAUGAUCAUGGAGUUUGUCUUCGAGAUCUUAUCCGUUUUCUACGAAAUGAUGGACAAAAUUUUCUUGUUCGACGUCAGAUGGGUAUUUCGAAUAUUGUCGACAAUGAUCUUUUGCCGAUUAUUGAGCAACAUACUCUCACCGAUGAUUGUCGGAUUGAUGAAUCGGGUAAAUCAUUAAUGGACAAAAUAAUUCGUUUGUUGGUCGAUUUAACAAAUCCCACUGUUUUGCAUUAUCCCGAUCAAAAAAUUCCAAAAGAUGAUAAAUAUGAAAUGAAUAUCUAUAUAGAAUUGCAAGCCUUUUUAUUUCAGUAUAAACUAUCAUUCUCAACACGAAAACGUUUCUGGAUUGUAAUAUCGAAAUUUUUGGCCAGAAUUUUAGAAUUAGAUCCUGAUAAUCGCCAAGUGGAAGAUGAAUUAAUGAUGGAACGUAUUAUAAUAUUGAUUCGUAAUGUUUUACAUAUACCAAUUAUAUCGCGUAGCAAUCAAAUCGAUGAUUUGAAUGUACAUGAUCGCAUUGUUGAACAUAUCAGUGAUUGUGGUCUGUUGGAUAUUUUGCAGUUCAUGAUUAAUAGCGGAGAAUAUGGACAAUAUUGUUUUCAUUUAUUGGAGAUUAUUUUUUUGAUUUUUCGCGAACAAAAUGCUGAAUUUUUAGCCAAAAGUGUUGGAAGUGAUCGACAAAAUGUUCAACAUCAAACUUCAUCCAAUUCAACAUUAAGUAAUGUUUCGCGUAGUCAAUAUGAACGUGAAAUUGAUGAUCGUGAAUUUGAAGAAGCUCGUAUUAGAGAUCGUAAAGAACAUGAACAAAUGUUGGCCAAAUUUAAAAAUGAUGAUUUUACACGCUUUAAAGAAACUGCUUUUGUUGUAAAAAACAUGAAAGCCGUAUCCGAUCGUGAUAUGAUAUGUUAUCGUGCUUAUUCAAAUCCGGAAAAGGCUAUGGAUUUUAAUACAAAUAAAAUUGCUCAACGCCGUCCACGUAAUCGAAGACCAAUGAAUGAAUCGGUUGGAAACAGUGAUUCGUUUGGUGCGCAACGUAUUCAUCGUUCAAGUAGACAACUUCGAUCUAUUUUAUAUGAUUUUUGUUCAAAAUUUCUGAACGAAUCGUAUAAUAAAUUUAUGGCAGAAAUUCGUUCGAAUCUAAGUCGCGGAACAUCACAAGAACAUGAUGAAACUUAUUUCUUUUGGGCAUGUCAAUUUUUCAUGGAAUUUAAUCGUUAUCAGAUAGACAUUGAUAGAGAACAAAGAUAUCAACAAGUGUAUGAAACAUUAUCAACCAGUAUGUUUCAUUAUAUUCAGACAGUUGUUGAUAAUUACAUGGAACAUUUGCUUUUGAAAAAAGAAUUCAAAAAUGAACUCAGUGAUUGGUCCAAACGUCUACAUCAAGCAUUACGAUCGUAUAGAGAAUUACUUUUUUCAUUAUCAUAUAUCGAAUCAUUGAAUUUACCAGCAGCAAGUAAAAUGUGUUACCGUAUUAAGACCGAUAUUUUUACUGAGCCUGAAUAUCGAGAAAUGUUAUUGCGACUGAUGCAAGCUUAUAAUGAAGAGAAAAUGUCCAAAGCAUAUCUACGAGAUUUAAUUGAAACAAAUCAUAUGUUUUUGAAAAUGUUAGAAUAUCAUGCUAAAAUAAGUUUGGAUUUCAAAGUUAAAGUUAAAAAACGUAAAUCAUCAAAACGUAAGAAAAAAUCUAAAAAUCCGGAUGAUGAUAAUGAUGAAAAAAAGAAAGAGGAAAAUGUUUAUUCAUCACCAGAUAUAAUUUGGAUUGAAAUCAUAGAUGAUGUUAGCGAAGCAUUAAAUUCUGAACUGAUUGCAGAAACUAUAUUGGAUGAAGAGUUAUUGAAAAGAUUAUUCGAUCCGCUCUCGGAUCAGCCGGUGGAUGAACAAAAAUUAUCGAUUCUUCGAAUGAUUCAAAAAUUUUUACGUGAAAAAGAGGUUAAAAAAGCUAUCAGUCUAUAUCGCGAAGCUCGUAAUGCUUUUGCCGGUUUAGAUGAAGAUAAUGUGUUUGGUGAGGUUGGUAUUCAAAUAGACGAUGAAAUGUUGGCUUUGAAUGGAAUUUUGAUGACGGAAUUUCCUGUGGAUAAACAACAAGAAAAAUUGAAGCCAGAAAAUGAUGAUGAUGAACCGAUGAGUGAUGAAGCUGAAGAUUCAGUUGUUAUACAAGAGAAAAAAUUCUCCAUCGAUGAAACAUUAAUGCGAUAUGCUCAUCCAAAUGUUGUUCGAGCUUGUCGAAUAUUAUUGAAAAAUUAUCGUACAAACUCUUUGGCUACUAAUCAUGCUAUAGUCCGAAUGUUAUAUCGUUUAGCAGUUAAUCUUAAAAUGAAGCCAAUGUUUUAUAAUCUAAAUUUUUUUAUAAUAUUUGAACAAAUUAUGGAUGAUCCAUUGUUGAAAAAUGUUAAUGAUAAAAAUUGUCCCCAUUACAAAUCUAUCUGUGAAUUGGUUAGAUUUUCUUAUUAUAUUAUACGAAGUUUUUUCAAACUUUUAUCCAAACAUCCUAAAAUUGCCAGUGAAAUUUGUUUUACUGUUAAUAGUCGUGAAGCUUAUCAAAUGGAAUAUGGUUUUGAUAAUGAAAUUGUUGGACAAAUGAUUCGCGAAAAAAAAGGUUCCGGCUGGAACGAACAACAAAAACUUGAAUUGGAAAUACUUUACAAAGAAUAUAAAGAUAAAACAACAAAAGAAAAAGAUGUUAUCGAUCUAAUUCAAGAAAAUUUGAUCGAUGAUAGUAAAUCUCGUCGACAAAUUAUUGUUCAAUUGAAAAAAAUGGAUAUAUUAUCAGCAAAUGAUAUGAAAAAGAAUUCAUAUAAAGGUCCAGCAUGGUCGCUCGAAGAGUUAGAAGAAUUGAAUAAUCUUUAUGAAAAAUUCAAAGAUAAUUUGGAAUUGGAAGAAGAAAAUGUUGAUAAGCAACAAGAAACAAUUUUGACUACCAUGAUUGAGAAAAGCAUCGUUAACAAUGAUACACAACCAGAACACGAAUCCAAUGAUGGUGAAUCGGAUAACAAUCAUGAAAUAAAUCAAUCUAUGAAUUGUAUACCAAAACAAAAAAGAAAACGUUUAGAUAUCAUUGAUUGUAUUCUUAAACAUUUGUCCACAUCUACUCAACGUAAUCGUCGACAGAUAAUUCGUCAAUUAAGAAUAUCGAAAAUAUAUGAUCAUUCGGCAAGAAACAAAUCUUCGAAAAUUGGGCAUGAAAUUAAUGAACAUAAUUCAAGUUCAGAAGAAGAAGAUUAUGAUGAUGAAUCACAAAAGAAUUCUAUCAAUGAUGAUGAGGUUGUUAUCCAAUAUGACGAUGAUGACGAAGAUAAUGAACAAAUUCAACCAAUGUCAACCGAAUUAGAAACUGUCAAUAUGAAUGGUCAACCUGGAAUGGUCAAAAAUUCUUCUUCUAGCAAUAAUGAAUAUGAUUCCGAUAGUGAUAAAGAAAAACGACAGACGAAUACAGACUUUAAAAAAGAUGAUGAUAACAUAAGUAUCAAAAGAUCUAAAAUUUCGUUUAAAAAAAUUCUUCUGGAUUCAGACAGUGACAUGGAAGAUGUUUCUGACAUAACUUUUAAUCAUGAAGAAUCAUCCGUUGUGUUGGACGAAAAUAAUCCAUCUACAAUGGCCAAAACUAUUCUAUCAAAACGAAAAAUCAUUGAAUCCGAUGAUGAAAAUGAAAAUGAACUUUUUGAUUCUGAAUUGAUGGAAAAAGAUGUGAAAAAGAAACGUCGAUUUUUUA